UGGAGGAUCGAAUAUCGCGUCCGUCUCGCACUGCAUCAUUCGCCUCAUUAUUUUAUCCAAAAAUCGCUUUUUCUGUGGCAGUGUUUGAGCUGAACCCCUUGAUGCCGGUCGCCUAAGAUUGUUCAUGCGGAUUAGACAGCACAGAUUGUUAUUAUGAUACAUCAGUCGUCUUCUGUAUCCUUUGGCAGAGCGUAGACUGGGGGUUGGGAGGGGAGAACCAGAUCUUUUGACCCAGCUGCAUCAUUCCCUGGAUAACGGGCACAGAGCCACCCGACAGCCUCAGUUGUUGUUUUCUUUUAUGCCGACAUCUGCUGCAUGUUGCUUACAUUUGCAUCCAAAGCAACAAGCCGACCGCAUUAUGAUGUGAUGGACCACUUUCAUCCCUAAAGAGGAAAUUAAUUAAUUUGGAUCAGAAUAUUUGAUAUAUUUUAGUUGAUUCAUUGAGAGUAGAACAACAAUCAAGGACUUGGUGACAUGAUGGAGAGUGUGGAGAAGGAGUGCGGAGCUCUGGGUGGAUUAUUCCAGGCGAUAGUCAAUGAUAUGAAGUAUUCCUAUCCGGUGUGGGAAGACUUUAUUGCAAAGGCCACAAAACUUCAAUCCCAGCUAAGAACCACAGUUUUGGCAGCUGCGGCUUUUCUUGAUGCCUUUCAGAAGGUGGCAGACAUGGCAACCAACACAAGAGGUGCCACCAGGGACAUCGGCUCAGCUUUGACCCGGAUGUGCAUGCGACACCGGAGCAUCGAGGCCAAACUGCGGCACUUCGCCAAUGCUCUUAUGGAAAAAAUGAUCGGCCCACUCCAAGACAAGAUAGAAGAGUGGAAGAAAACCACUGCCCUGCUUGAUAAAGACCACGCCAAAGAGUACAAACGCUCUAGGCAGGAGAUCAAGAAGAAAUCAUCUGAUACUUUAAAGCUCCAGAAGAAAGCCAGAAAAGGCAGAGGAGGUCUGCAGCCUCAGCUGGACAGUGCCAUGCAGGAUGUAAGUGACAUGUACCUGUUGAUGGAGGAGACUGAAAAGCAGGCGGUGCGCCGAGCGCUCCUGGAGGAAAGGGGGCGCUAUUGCACCUUCAUCAACUUCCUGCAGCCUGUUGUGAAUGGUGAGAUUGCUAUGCUGGGAGAAGCCACUCAUCUCCAAACAAUUAUUGAUGACCUCACUGUGUUGACCACUGACCCACAUAAACUACCAGAGGCCAGUGAACAGGUGAUAUUGGAUCUUAAGGGUUCUGACUACAACUGGUCAUACCAGACUCCACCUUCUUCUCCCAGUAGUGUCGGCUCCAGAAAGAGCAGCCUUUGCAGUUUGGUGCAUCUGCCACCUGGUGGCGCCCAUCGCCUGAGCAGCGUCUCCUCUCAUGAUUCAGGAUUUGUCUCUCAGGAUGCCAGUGUGCCCUCCAAACCUCCCUCCCCUAUGCCAAGCCAGAAAUCAUCCAGUUCUGCAUCCUCUGAGGCUUCAGAAACUUGUCAUUCAUUCAGUGAUUGUGGCUCUCCCACGAUAUUCGGCUCAUCCUUUGCUACCUUUCGCCCUGCUCACUGUUUUAAUGACUCCAUCAGGCCUCACUCUUACAUACUUCCUGCGUCCCCUUCUUAUAACCAAUCCCCAGGAUCAAACUCCCCUUCACCCACAUCAAAGGUUCCUUACUGGAAGCAGGACUGGUCAAAGGCAGGUCACUAUGAGCAGACAGUUGCUCCCCAGCAGCCCAGGUCUGAGGCUGCAGAGCCCUCUGUUGGUGUGGGAGGGAAUGGAAUGAUUCGCCCUGAGGAUCCUUACAGGGUCAGAAUGAAUUCUAAAGACAUCACUGCCAAGCAUGGGAAGCCGAUGUCAUCCGCUGCUAGUGAGCUGGCCAUGGUUUUGACUCGUGGGUUGAGUAUAGAACAGCAGCAGAAGAGCAGCUGUGACUCUCUGCAGUACUCCAGUGGAUACAGUACACAGAACACUACUCCAUCCUGUUCAGAAGACACUAUCCCCUCACAGGGAUCUGAAUAUGAUUGUUACUCUAUGAAUGGGGAUGCUGAUAACGACUCACAGACUGACUUUGACAAGUCCUGCACAGUCCCUCGCCAUAGUAACUUGGCUCAGAACUACAGGCGUAUGAUCCAGUCCAAGAGACCUGCCAGCACUGCUGGACUGCAUGGAGGACUGGGUGCCCAGGGUGCCACCACAACCAAAGGAAAAGGAGGAGGAAGUGGUGCCAUAUCUUCAGGAACAGCCACCAUUCGCAGAACCCCUUCUUCUAAAACAAAUGUGAGACGCACUCCUUCCAGUGUGGGUCCAAUCCCAAUUCGACCACCUAUCGUCCCUGUUAAGACCCCCAGUGUCCUGGACUCACCUGGAUUUCCCAGCCCUCCCCCGGAGCACAAUGGAAGUGAAGAAAGCUUGUACAAUGACGACUCAUUGGAAAUUCUAGAGUACAAGGCCUCUCCCAAGCGAAUGAGUCUGCCUAAUCCAUCUUGGGGUACUGGAGGUGGGCAAGAGAGGAGCAUCUACGCCCAGCAACCUGGAGCUAUGGGCUUCUGCUCUGAAGAAGACCAGAUACUAGCCGCCAACCGCCAUAGUCUGGUGGAGAAGAUUGGAGAGCUGGUUGCCAAUGCACAUGCUCUUGGUGAGGGCCAGUUUCCAUUACUCACAGACCCCCAGCCCAGCCAGGACAACCAUCAGGAUCAAGGUCCUGGCCAGAAUGGAGCAGACAUGCUGAAGACUAUCCGUAGAGGUGUGCGUCUCAGAAAAGCGGUCUGCAAUGACAGAUCGGCUCCCAGGAUCAUGCGAUAGUCUAAUACUGCUUAUAUUGCCAGGUUUAUUCCUACAGACUCUGCAAAUAAAGAGUAACGCUAUAUAAUGUAAAAAUAUGACAAGAUGGUGAUUGGUUUUUUUUGUUGUUGUUGUUUUUAUAUAUAAAUACAGUGUUAAAAUCUGGCGUUUAACCCCUGAAAAGCCAGUAUUGAUGUUACAUGUUGAGUGUAUAUGGACACUAUACCCUUGUGGACUGUUGUUAUUGUAGGUAUAUUCAACAGAGUUGGACUGAUAUCUUGAUGACGGGCAUAUUAUGAUGGAAAUCUUAUGACCUGAAGGAUGAGAAUGUAAUGUUUUAAAAUGUGUAUUAACAUGCUAGUUACACCAGUAGUUUCUUUUCGGAGUCGCAAUUUGUUAUGACUAUGUUCUUCAUUGUGAUACUUCUAUGUAACUGCUAUGUUAAGAGGUUCUUGAGAAAUGUCUCUUCUUGCGUGUAACUCUUACAAAGCCAAAGUCUUGUUCUUAACUGAAUAGCUGUUGGAAAAAGCACAAAACGGCUUAUACCGCAGCGCAGUCUCAGAUGGACCACACAAUCAAAUCACCGCACAUGCUGUACACUGCCAAAUAAAGCACAUUAGUUGUACUAGA